GGAUUAUUAAUAUUCUGUGGUUCAAAAAUCAGCGUACUUUCGUGUUAUUGACAAAAAUCCUAUUAAAAUAACAAUUUCUAAGUUUGAAGAAUGGGAAUAUCUUUAAAGUUAUAGUAACAAAUUUCAUUUCAUUUUCAUUGUGUAUCAACUGUGAGUGAAGUUCCUUUCUCAGCGUUAGGUCAAGCUCCAAAUAUGGUUUCAAAUAGGUUAUAAUAGCGCAUUCGAUAAUGCCGUUAUGAGAAAAAUUGACUAUUUUCAUUAAUAUCCGUGCAAAAAUCAAAUAAAAGAGAUGGCUGUCGGAAAUACGAAAAUAAUACAAGUGACCAAUAUUGCACCACAAGCGACGAAGGAUCAGAUGCAAACAUUAUUUGGUUAUCUUGGUAAAAUCGAAGAUAUUCGUUUGUAUCCUACUAUCAGAGAUGUAUCCUGUCCAGUUCAGUCUAGAAUAUGUUAUAUCAAAUUCGUAGAUUCAGGCACGGUAGGAAUUGCUCAGCAUAUGACAAAUACAGUUUUCAUUGAUAGGGCCCUCAUUGUGAUUCCUGUCCAAAAUGGAGAGAUUCCAGAUGAAUACUAUGCAUUAGAAAUGACUAGGAAUGGGACUAUUGUUCCAGGACUUCAUGUGAAUGAACCUAAGUUGCCACCACAUGUAGUUAACUCAGUACAAGGAACAGGAAACGACCAAGUCAUAGUUACUUCAGAUCCUCAGUUGGAAGCCAAUGGCUUAUCUCGUUAUCCACCUUUACCUGUAACAUAUGAUAGUACCAAGAUAGAAGAGACUAGAAGAACUAUUUGUGUGUUAAAUAUAGAUCCUUCUACAAGUUCACAAGAUAUUAUCAGCCAUUUUACAAGUGCUGGUGAAGUCAAAUAUCUGAGAACUGCAACCAGAACUUCAACAGAGACUCCAUUAUACUUGAUUGAAUUUACUGAUCAACCAAGUGUGCUUAAUGCACUGAAAAUGAGCGGUACAGAUUUCAACGGUAAUAUAAUAGAAGUUCAACACUCUACUCAGGCUAUUGUUAAACCACAAGCUAAAAGUAAUGAGGCUGCUCAAAGAGAAAUAGAGGAAGCCAUGUCUAGGUUCAAGGAAGCUCAAAAUAUGAUAAGUGCUUCAAUUGAACCGGUUAUAGGAAUGCUUACCAAGGAUAAGAGGAGCUCUAGAAGAUCACGAUCUCGAUCUCGGGGUAGAAGACGCAGAUCAAGAUCAAGAUCUAGGAGGAGGUCACGAUCUCGCAGGAGGAGGUCUGGCUCUAGAUCUCGUAGAACCAGGUCUAGAGAUAGAAAAAGAAGAUCUCGAUCAAGAAAACGCAGCUCAUCUAGACCUAGAAGAACAAGAUCUAGGUCAAGAUCUCGAACCUCACGUUCUAGGAGAUCUAGAUCGAAAUCGUCUUCAUGGAGAAAAAAAUCCCGAGAUCGAGAUUCUAUUUCAAGGGCAAAGUCAAAAGAUAGAAGAUCAAGAGAUCGAUCAAGGGAUAGGAAACGCUCACGAGAUCGAAAACCCAGAGAUGAAGACAGAGAAAAAUCCAGAGCACGAGAUAAAUCCAAAGAAAGGGAGAAAUCGAAGGAUAAAGAAAGACCAAAGUCUAAGGAAAAAUCCAAGGAAAGAGAAGUUGAGAAAUCUAAAGGAAGAGAUUCAAAACCCCGGGAAUCAAAGGAGAAGAAACUAGACAAAGAAAGCAGUGUUGAUACUGCUGUGGAAAAGAAGACACGUGACAGGUCCCGAUCAAGGAGCAAAUAUCGUUCAAGAUCACGUGAUCGGAAGAAGAAAGAAAGAAAGAGGUCUAGGUCAAGAGGAAGUCGAAGAAGGUCACCUUCCCCUAAAAAGAAAAGAAGAAGCAGGUCUCGUAGUCGGGACAGAAAAAGGGACAAAUAUGAUAAAAAAGAAAGUAAAAAAGAUAGAGACCGAGAAAGAAUAAAGGAUAGAUCUAGAUCUCGCUCUAAAAUACCUAGAAAUUACGAUGAAGAAGAGAAGGGUUUCGAAAGAACAGAAAAGGAGAAAUAUUUGACAGAAACUGAAAUUGUGACUGAGAAGGAGUCUUCUGAAAAGUCAGAUAAUAUGGAUAUUUCUAAUUCUCCAUAGUUCAUAUGUAUAUUAUUUGAGAAUUAUGAAUGGUUUUAAUAUAAGUUAAGCCUUAAGAAAUAAAUUAAUACUAUUUAGGGAAUAGUAACAGUUGUUUCUUUUUGAUUGUCCUUUGUAAUUUUCUGAUGUCAUUUGUGCAGAAUCAAACUUUUUAAGAUAUAUUUUGUUGAUUCUCCGAACAACUUGUUUCAGUUGUGUAUGUGUAUUAGUUGAAUUGGAAUAAAAAUGAUUUUAUAUAGUCAAUUAGUGGACUAGGGUUUAUUUUAAUAAGAAAUAAAUUCGCUAGAUUCGUUCAGGUUUGAAGACUCAGAAAAAUGUUGACAAAACUGUUAUUUCCAUACUGAAGAACCCUGCUUUCAUUCAUAUGGUCAUUAUAGCAUGUAAUUAAAAAUCUUCAAUUUGAAAAUUCUAAAAUAAAGUACAGUUUUUCAAAACUCUCCUUACUUGGAUAAGCCUAUGUAGCUAUUGGUUAUUUUUUUUCAAAUGUCACAUGAUAAAUAUAAUGUAUGAUCAAUCUAGUAACUUUAUUCUGCGUUUUGCUGUGUAGCACAAAGUUUUUGGACAUGGUCUCAUGUAUAGAAAUGAAGUUACAUUAUUGUAUCCACUUACUGAGAGGUCGCAGUGCUCGGAUUUUUUAUUAUUUAGAAAGUUUACAAUGACUUCGCACUUCAAGAAGAUUUGUUCUUUAAUUUUCAGAAGGCUGCAUAAACCCACCAUAAUUUCUGAUUUCAUUACUGCAAUGUACCACCAUUUAAAUAAAUAAUAAAUUUAAUAAGAUGAAUGGGUUUUUGUGCUUCUGCGAAAACCAUUGAGAAAGUAACAAAGAACUUUACAAAAUAUAUUAAUACAACAAUAUAUGCCUGUACAAAAUUCCUCAAAUAUAAUGUGAAAUCACAUAAUCCUAAAUCAACCAAAUAAAUGAAUAUUCAUCUA